AUGGCACCUAUUGCUGUCGCAAUUAUAGGAUUUGGCAAUUCUGCGCGAACCUUUCAUAUUCCAUUUAUAAGUUCGCUUCCUAACCAUUUCGUACUGAAAGUGAUAGUGCAGCGUCCUCGCUAUGAUCUUUCAGAGGAUCAAAAGGCUCAAAAUCACCUGCCACAUGUCCAGGUGGUACCCGACUUAGGUGCAGCUUUGCGUGCACUGCCGGAAGGACUAGGACUUGUUGUCAUUACGACAAAUAAUGCAUCACAUUAUCUAUAUGCAAAACAGUGUCUUGAAGCUGGAAAACAUGUGCUGGUGGAAAAACCUGUGGCGACAACUGAGGCCCAGGUACUAGAGCUUGAUCAGCUAGCCCGGAAAAAAGGCCUUGUUUGCACUUUUGUACCUUGUGCUAACUUAGAUCGACGCUUUGAUGGUGAUUUUUUGACAGUAAAGGCGCUUUUAACCGACGUAUCACCAGCACAGCCCUCGGCGCUCGGUAUUCCCACUUAUUUUGAAUCACGCUUUGACCGAUUCAGACCAAUAGCCAAAGGAGGCUGGCGUGAAGAGGUGGACCCGGAUGAAGAGGGCGGUGGUAUGCUAUGGGAUUUGGGUGCACAUCUGGUGGAUCAAGUGGUCUCCUUGUUCGGUCCACCUCAGACCGUGUUUGGAACUGUUCGCAACCAGCGUGGACAGGGAAAUUCUGCUGUGGAUGAUGACUGGAUGGGUAUUCUCUCCUAUCCCACAACACAUCCCUUACCUGGUGAUGAGUUUGCCUCUGGAACGCGCCUUGCGGGACUGCAAGUCAUAGUGGGAUCUACUUGUCUCUCCACUCAUGUGGAAGCUGAGCAGCCCAGAUUUCGAAUUGAAGGUACGCGCGGAUCAUAUGUGAAGCGGGGCAAAGAUCCACAAGAAGCCCAGUUAAAGCGUGGUUGGACGCCAUUAUCUCAUGGCGAUGCCUUUGGAGUCUAUGCGGAGCAAGACCCAGCGUCUCUUAAGAUGGGUCGGCUCACUACUAGUGCCCCUCCAAUCGAGCCUGUGACUGCGUCCAGUCCUCCUUACCUUGCCACGCAUGACAUCCCGACUUUACCCGGCACAUAUUUGUCUCUAUACAUGAACCUGGCCGACACAAUACUUGCAUCGGCGGCGGCUGCUGGGCGUGGAGAAUCUGCUACUGGAGUGAUUGAUUCUAUGCUUUUAAUUAAGCUUGAAGAUGUGGCUCACAGUACUCGGAUCAUUCGUAUGAUUCGCCAGAGUUCACGGGAAGGUCGCGUUUUGUCUUGGUAG